UGGACCGGUGAACUGACUGUAGCUAGUAAUGUCCCCGGUUGUAAACAAAGUGUGAGCCCAGUCUGAACAGUGUAGCGCCGUCUUGUGCUUGUCGUUUCACUGCACAGGAGGUAAACAGGCGGUGAGCUGCUUUAAAGAUGGUGCAGCUGCAUGUGAAGCGUGGAGAUGAGAGCCAGUUUCUUCUCAGCACCACUGUGGACUCGCCUCUGGAGACGGUGAUCCAGCAAAUUACAGCCAUUUACAACGGGAGACUGAAGGUGGACAGAAUAUGUUCAGAGAUCCCAGAGCUUGCAGACCAUGGCAUCACACUGCCACCCAACAUGCAGGGGCUGACAGAGGACCAGAUUGUGGAGCUGAAGCUGAGAGAUGAAUGGGAAGACAAGUGUGUGCCCAGUGGAGGGCCAGUAUUUAAGCAAGAUGAGAUUGGGAGGAGGAAUGGACAUGCUCCCAAUGAUAAAAUGAAAGAGGUGUUGAUGAGAACAAUGGAGGAGGCAAAGGCACUGAUCUCCAAAAAACAAGUUCAAGCUAAUGUUUGUGUCACCAUGGACAUGGUAAAAGAAGCCCUGGAUCAGCUAAGGGGGGCUGUCAUGAUUGUGUACCCCAUGGGGCUGCCUCCUCAUGACCCUAUCAGGAUGGAGUUUGAGGAUCGGGAAGAUCUUUCAGGAACACAGGCAUCUCUGCAGGUGAUCACAGAGAACGAGUGCCAGCUAUGGUGGGCUGCCAAAGAGAUGCAGAGGGGGAAAAAACUGCAGGAAUACAUUGGCAAAAAUGAAAAGACAAAGCUUGUGGUAAAAAUCCAAAAGAAAGGGCAGGGGGCACCAGCGAGAGAGCCUAUGAUCAGCGAGGAGCAGCAGAAACAGAUGAUGAUGCAUUACUACAGGAGGCAGGAGGAGCUCAAGAAACUGGAGGAGGCAGAUGAUGAUAGCCACCUGGACUCGGAGUGGUCAGACAGACAGGCCCUCAAAAAACAGUUUCAAGGCCUCACCAACAUCAAAUGGGGACCGAGAUGAAGACCAGUACCACUCCGAUACCUCUGACCUGGUCCUUAACAGCUCUAUAUGCAACUGACUAAGGUGCCUUAACACAAUCCUGUCAUCUGUUUACCUUUGGUGUUAUUUGAGGUCUUCCAGAGGACUUAAUAUACAGCAGAUGACAUAGUUUCAGACUUAGUUUCUGGAUGAACACCUAAUGUUUAUUUUUAACCAAAUUGAAAUGUGAAGAAGACACCUGGACACACAAUAUGACACAUAAUGAUGUCACAUGGAGGCUGAUAUCAUUAUAAACCUGGUUUAUUUUAACUUUAGUCUUCUCCCUGUGUUCUAUCUGAUUGUUAUUACCCUGUUGUAAAGUUACAUUUUCACUGAAGCUGUACAAACACGAUUAAAUUUAAGUUUAAUCAAUAUUUACUGCACGUUUACUGUUUAAAAAAAAAUCAAAUAGAAUGACUUCCAUUGUAGCAUGUGUAUACACAAUGUUUUUACAUUUCAUAUUAAUAAUGAGCUAAUGUUCAACAAAGUCUCAGUAGUAGUGUUUCAAAUGAAGCUCAGUCUUACAUCCCUUGGAGUUCAGGGACAAGGAUGCUACACCUUUCCUCUCUUUGUCUCCUGCUGUGUGAUGACACACACUUUAAACUUUAAACCUCUGAAAGCCAGUGCUGUUCUGAGGCAGGAAGUUGCCACAUAGUACAUGGGUCGUUCCAGUCCUCGUCCCAGCAGGACUGUGUGAGAGUGUUUGGAGGGUUGUGGAAACUUUGUGGGACUGUUGAGGGAGCUGGUGCGGUGAUUCAGAGAGGUGAGGCCGGUUUCAAGUAACACUGCGUUCACUAAAAAAAAAAAAAAAAAAAAAACAAUCUG